AUGUCGACUCGAAAAUAUGAAUCGGGCUAUUCGAAACUCAAGAAAAAGAAAAGAGUUGAAGCUUUGAUUGAAUCACAAAAAGGGGAUUUAGACAAAUUUGUUAAGACAAACAAAAAAAGUGAAAUCGAAAAUAAUAGUGAUUGUUCGCUGAAUGAACAAGUUAAUAAUGUAAACCAUGAUGAAAAUGAAAAUCGAGAAGAGGUAGUUGAUGAACAAGUUAACAAUAUAUAUGCUAAUGAAAAUAGAGAAGGAAUAGCGGGUGAUAAUGAAAUUAUAGUAUCGGUUAAUAGGCAAGAUAAUAUUGAUUCUGACACUAACAAUGAAGAUAGAGAAAAAGUAUUAGAAAAAUCAUCUCAUAAAAAUAUAUAUGACCCAAGUCAAUGA